AUGUCUAGCAGUGAUACAGUUGCUGUGGAUAAUCUGUCCAAUGCACCUGGUCCAACCUCGAUGGUCGAGUACGAGAUAUAUGAUGAGAGGGAAAUUCCAACGACGGAUCAACGACAAAACUCGUGCACUGAGGCUAUAGGAACAAGUACUGUGCAAAAUGAUCCGGAAAAGCUUGCAGUGCGGACUCGAUCUUUGGAGGCUUCAGGUCCAGGGACACCUCCGCCUGAUACUCCCCCUGAUGGCGGACUUCGAGCAUGGGGCACUGUCGUCGGUGCACUCUGCGGCAUGUUUGUGAGUUUCGGCUGGAUCAGCUGCAUCGGUGUUUUCAUCGAUUACUACAAAACCCACUUGCUCCAAGACGUGAGCACAAGCGCCAUAACAUGGAUAACCUCACUAGAGUAUUUCAUGAUGUUCUUUGGGGGCCCUUUCGUCGGCGUCCUCUUCGAUAACUUUGGUCCCCAUUUGAUCCUCCUAACAGGCUCAUUCCUACACAUCUUUGGCCUAAUGAUGAUCUCCAUCUCCUCGAAAUAUUACCAAAUCCUGCUUGCCCAAGGAAUCUGCAGUCCCAUCGGCACGAGCGCUCUCUUUCAUAUCAGCAUCAACUGCGUUAACACCUGGUUCCGGCGCCGCCGCGCCCUUGCUCUCGGAAUCACAGCCAGCGGCUCGGGCUUCGGGGGCAUCAUCUUCCCCAUCAUGCUGACGCGGAUCACACAGCAGCUGGACUUUGGCUGGGCGAUUCGUGUCUGUGCAUUCACUAGCCUAUUUCUACUAAUUAUCUCCAAUCUCACUAUCUUUUCGAGACUGAAGCAUCAGAGACGCAAGCCAUUAUGUCACCCAAAGGAUUUUUUCCGACCACUUAAGGAAAUCCCGUUUGUUUUGACGAGUGCCGGCACGUUCUUCUUGUACUGGGGUCUUUUUCUUCCAUUUGCGUUCAUACCCACCCAGGCGCAGCGGUACGGCAUGUCGCCUUACCUAGCUUCGUACUUGCUUGCCGUUCUCAACGCAGGAAGCAUUCCGGGUCGCAUCCUUCCCCCCUAUAUCGCCGACUACUUGGGACGGUUUAACCUCAUGAUUCUCACAACAAUGAUAUGCAUAAUCCUCGUGCUCGCCCUCUGGCUUCCGUCGCGCACAGACGGAACAGCAAUAGCAUUUGCCGUAUUAUACGGCUUCACCGGCGGGUCAGCAGUAUCGCUCGCACCGGCACUAGUGGCCCAAAUUUCUGAUAUCCGGCAGAUCGGCGUGCGCAGCGGGACGUAUUUCGCCAUUGCGGCGUUUGCGGCACUCACGGGGACACCGAUUGCGGGGGCGCUUCUACCGGAUCCCCUUGGUGGGAGCUACUUGGGUGUUGAGUUGUUUUGUGCGGGGAGUAUGUGUGCAGCGGUUAUAUUUUAUGCGGUUGCGAGGGGGUUGGUGCCAGGGGGUGGGUGGGGAGUUAGAGUUAGGGUUUAG